AAGACGCUCAACGGCUGGAAGAGAACCAGGACCUGAGCCGCUCUGUUGCCUCCCCAUCCCGCCUCUCUUGACUCGGACCGUGUUUCGCUCUCCCCCCCCCCCCGAAUCUUUUUUUUCCUCCCUUUUUUUGGGGUUCUCCGCUGACAGUUUUUUUUUUUUUCUCCUGCGACCCGCUCCGGCUCUCCGCUGCUGACAUGGUCGAUUAUCACGCCGCCAACAACCAGCCGUCGGCCGGCGGGGUUCAGACCUACAUGGAGCAGGAGAACGACUGGGACCGGGACCUGCUGCUGGACCCGGCUUGGGAGAAGCAGCAGAGGAAGACCUUCACGGCUUGGUGCAACUCCCACCUGCGAAAGGCCGGAACGCAGAUCGAGAACAUCGAGGAGGACUUCAGGGAUGGACUCAAACUCAUGCUGCUGUUGGAAGUCAUCUCAGGAGAACGGUUAGCCAAACCUGAGAGAGGAAAGAUGAGGGUCCACAAGAUCAACAACGUGAACAAAGCCCUGGACUUCAUCGCCAGCAAGGGAGUCAAGCUGGUGUCUAUCGGAGCAGAGGAAAUCGUGGAUGGAAACGCCAAGAUGACGCUGGGAAUGAUCUGGACCAUCAUCCUCCGCUUCGCCAUCCAGGACAUCUCUGUAGAAGAGACUUCUGCCAAGGAGGGUCUUCUUCUGUGGUGCCAGAGGAAGACGGCGCCGUACAAGAACGUCAACGUGCAGAACUUCCACAUCAGCUGGAAGGACGGCCUCGCCUUCAACGCUCUGAUCCACAGACACAGACCUGAUCUCAUCGACUACGACAGCCUCAGAAAGGACGACCCGGUUCACAACCUGAACAACGCCUUCGAGGUGGCCGAGAAGCACCUGGACAUCCCCAAGAUGUUGGACGCAGAAGACAUUGUGAACACUGCUCGUCCCGAUGAGAAAGCCAUAAUGACUUAUGUGUCCAGUUUCUACCAUGCCUUCUCUGGAGCUCAGAAGGCCGAGACAGCCGCCAAUCGUAUCUGCAAAGUUCUGGCCGUGAACCAGGAGAACGAGCAGAUGAUGGAGGACUACGAGAAGCUGGCCAGCGAGCUGCUGGAGUGGAUCCGUCGCACCAUCCCCUGGCUGGAGAACCGGACCCAGGAGAAGACGGUGAACGAGAUGCAGGCCAAGCAGGAGGACUUCAGAGAUUACCGCUGUGUGCACAAACCACCCAAGGUCCAGGAGAAAUGUCAGCUGGAGAUCAGCUUCAACACUCUGCAGACCAAACUGAGACUCAGCAACAGACCUGCCUUCAUGCCGUCAGAAGGACGCAUGGUGUCGGACAUUAACGGAGCGUGGCACACUCUGGAGGGAGCAGAGAAAGGCUACGAGGAGUGGAUCCUCAGCGAGAUCAGACGUCUGGAGAGACUGGAGCAUCUGGCCGAGAAGUUCCACCAGAAGGCGGCGAUCCACCAGUCCUGGACCGACGGUAAGGAGGCCAUGCUGACCCAGAAGGACUACGAGACCUCCACCCUGUCGGAAGUCAAGGCGUUGCUACGGAAACACGAGGCCUUCGAGAGCGACCUGGCUGCUCAUCAGGACCGAGUGGAGCAGAUCGCCGCCAUCGCUCAGGAGCUCAAUGAACUGGAUUAUUACGACUCUGCCAGCGUCAACGCCUGCUGUCAGAAGAUCUGCGACCAGUGGGACGUUCUGGGAGCUCUGACUCAGAGCCGCAAAGAGUCUCUGGAGAGGACGGAGAAGCAGCUGGAGUCGAUAGAUGAGCUUUACCUGGAGUACGCCAAGAGAGCAGCGCCGUUCAACAACUGGAUGGAGGGAGCCAUGGAGGACCUGCAGGACAUGUUCAUCGUCCACAACAUCGAGGAGAUCCAGGGUCUGAUCACGGCUCACGAACAGUUCAAGUCGACUCUGAGCGAAGCCAACAAGGAGCGGGAGGCCAUCCAGGCCAUCCAGGCCGAGGUGCAGAAGAUCGCUCAGAGCAACGGCAUCAAGCUGAGCGGAGGGAAUCCGUACACGACCAUCACACCUGAGAGCAUCGACAGCAAGUGGGAGAAGGCGAUGGCGAUGGUGCCACAGCGAGACGCCGCCCUGCAGGAGGAACUCAACAAGCAGAACUCCAACGACAGUCUGAGAGCCACGUUCGCCACUCAGGCCAACACGGUCGGCGCCUACAUCCAGGCCAAGAUGGAGGAAAUCGGCAGGAUAUCCAUCGAGAUGAACGGAACCCUGGAGGACCAGCUGACCAGCCUGAAGGACUAUCAGAAGAACAUCAUGUCCUACAUGCCGGAGAUCAACAAGCUGGAGGGAUACCACCAGCUGAUCCAGGAGGCCCUGAUCUUCGACAACCAGUACACCGCCUACACAAUGGAGCAUCUCCGAGUCGGCUGGGAGCAGCUGCUCACCACCAUCGCCAGAACCAUCAACGAGGUGGAGAACCAGAUUCUGACGCGUGACGCUAAAGGCAUCAGCCAGGAGCAGCUGUACGAGUACCGAGCCUCCUUCAACCACUUCGACAAGGACCACAGCGGCGCUCUGAUGGCUGAGGAGUUCAAGGCCUGUCUGAUCAGUCUGGGCUACGAUGUGGAGAACGACAAGCAGAAGCGAUCAGGACAGAUGGUCUCAGAUGAUUUCCGGGCUCUACUCAUUUCUACAGGAAACAGCCUGGGCGAUGGCGAGUUUGCUCGCAUCAUGGGCAUCGUGGACCCGAACGGCAGCGGCGCCGUCACCUUCCAGGCCUUCAUCGACUUCAUGUCCAGGGAGACGACCGACACGGACACCGCUGACCAGGUCAUCGCCUCCUUCAAGAUCCUCGCCGGCGACAAGAACUUCAUCACGGCUGAGGAGCUGAGGCGGGAGCUUCCCCCCGACCAGGCCGAGUACUGCAUCGCCCGCAUGGCUCCCUACACGGGGCCCGACGGCGCCCCCGGGGCCCUCGACUACAUGUCCUUCUCCACCGCCCUCUACGGAGAGAGCGACCUGUAGGGAGGAUGGGGGAGGAUGGGGGAGGAUGGGGGGGAGACGGUUUGUUGUUGUGGUGCCCCUGAGUGCAGCGGUUUAGAAAUCCAGCUUGUUGAUUGAACUGUAGUUAGAUUUCAGCCGAAUGUUUUUCCAAUCCGAGCGGGCGUCUCCGGGGGCAGCUGUGGGGUCCUUAGCUUCACCCUCUCUGCCUUUAAUGCGGGGGGGAGGGACUUCUGGGGGGAGGGGAGGGGCGGGGGCACAAGCUAAUCUGAUACUUAUGCUAAUUUUUUUUUUUUUGUUUAUUAUAAUUUUUUUUCUUCUUGCCAGGGAGGCGGGGUUUAGGAGGCGGGGGUUGUCACGGCGACUGGCAAGGUUUGUGUAUUAGAUCCUAGAGAGAUAUCUGCUGCCGGGGGAGGCGGGGGAGGGUGGGGGGGAGGGGAGUCGACAAACCAGAGAUACAAAAAAAAUGACAUAUUUACCCAUAAUUCCCUCACGUUGCUGGAUAAGGUGACCCGUCUAACCUCAGCUCGUUUCCUCCCCCUGUCUGUUUGUUUUCUUUUAUUUUUACUUCCUGGUCAGGUGACGGUGUGGGCGGGGCUCGGCGCUGUACAUACUUAUUUUUUUCUUCUUUUCCAACAAUGACACACAGUCCCAGAGAAUAAUCGAGCAAUUUACGAGAAAAAAUUCAUGACAAAUUUUUCUUUAAAAAGAGAGAGAGAGAGAGAGAGCAGUUUCACCAGUGGACAGGUUUGUGCUUCCACUAAAAAGUCUUUUUCUUCUUCAGGUUUUUUUUUUUUUUCUUUUUCAUGUAUAAAAAUCCCACGACAGCCGCGAUCAAAUAUUUGCUUCUGUGAAACUCUUCGGUUGGGCAUCAGGUGCUUAUUUAAAUACAGAAACUAUACAUUUAUACAAAAAAACAAAACAAAAAGUAGGAGCGUAGUAGUGAGAAUUUUAUAUACAGACAGAAAUAUUUACCGUCGUGUCAUGGAUGCAUCUGAUUGGCUCGGUGACUUUUUAGGGAUAAAAAUGGUGGAAGUGAUAAAAUAAAACAAAAAACCUAAAAAAAAAUGUGCCUCUCGACGGCCCUGUCCCUCUAUCUCUUUUUACUCUCCCUACCUCACCCCUUCACCUUCCUCCCCCAUCCCUCCUCGUCAUUUGUCUCUGAACAGAAGGGAAAAAACUUUUACCGCAAAGAGUCUUUAUGUUAAACAUUCCAUAUGUGAAAAUAAACAACAACGAAAAACAGCUUAAAAAAAGGAAAUUGUUGUGUAAAAACUAAAAAAAGCUAUGCAAUCAUGAUGUGUUGAAUAUCCGAGGAAAGCUCCGCGUCCAAAUUAACCGAAAGCAGAGUUUUGUCCAGUGUCUGUCGCUGGGUGAGGAUGGGGGAGGCAGAGAGGGGGACGGACAGGAAGGAGGUGAGAAGAAAAGACUCGGACCAAAAGCUUGUUUCUUCUUUUUUUUUUCUUUUUUUUCCCUGCGAGGUUGGAGAGAAAUGAACUCUGGAAUUGUGAUUUUUUUUUUUCCUUUUUUUGUACUCUUUAAUAUCAAACCUUAUCUGCUGUACUGGAAACUGCAACGCCUUCUGUCUCUAAUGAUAAGUGAGUUUCACAAAGCACACAUAAAAGUUUCCUUACAAAAUA